AUGGGUAGAGUUAGCAGCAGCAAGCCCAGGAAGCAAAGACAUGAUCCAUUGCUAAAAGAUUUGGAUUCGGUUCAGGGAAACUUGAGGAAAACUUCGAAGAGAAGAGAGGAUCAGAAUGACGAUGAUGAUGAGCAAGUCGAAGAAUAUGUGGAUGCCGCUGCUUCAAGAAAGAUUCUGCAAUUGGCAAAGGAACAACAGCAAGAACUAGAAGCAGAACAGGAAAAAGCCAAAAAAGAACAAGCUGAUCCUUUCGCCAGGUUCCGCAUUGGUAGACCAAUAAAUCAAAAUGGCUCUGAGGACGAAGAUGAAGACGAAGACGCUUUGGCUGAAAACGUUUCUGAUUUCGACCCUUACGAUGAAAAUGGAGACCAAGAGGAAGAGGAGGAUGUGGUGGAGAUUGACGAGGAGGACGCUGCAAUGUUCGAGCAGUAUUUCAAAAAAGCUAGCGAUUAUAACUCGGAUUUCAAAAGUUACAACCUGGCAGAUAAAAUCAUGGCCUCAAUCCGUGAAAAGGAAAUGGAACAGGGAGAGGCCGAAAGGGGUGAAAAUGGCGAGCUUGGGCGCGGCGGUAACAAUCAGCAACCGGAAGGUGUGGCUCUGCCCACCAAGGUUGUCAAGGCUUACACAACAGUGGGAUCCAUUCUCAAGACCUGGACCCACGGCAAACUGCCCAAACUUUUCAAAGUUAUUCCUUCUCUCAAUAACUGGCAAGAUGUGUUGUAUGUAACAAAUCCUCCUGAAUGGUCUCCUCAGCUUGUCUACGAGGCCACCAAACUAUUCGUGUCGAACCUUACCGCAAAAGAGGCCCAGAAAUUCAUCAGUAUAGUCCUCUUGGACCGCUUCCGUGAUAACAUCGAGUCCAGCGAAGACCAUUCAGUCAACUACCACAUCUACAGAGCUUUGAAAAAAUCUCUCUACAAGCCAAGCGCUUUCUUCAAAGGCUUCCUUUUCCCUCUUGUAGAAUCGGGCUGUAACAUACGCGAAGCAACUAUUGCAGGAAGCGUCUUGGCGAAAAUAUCCGUACCGGCAUUGCAUUCCUCGGCUGCGUUGAGUUACCUCUUAAGACUGCCGUUCACACCUGCUACCACCGUUUUCAUAAAGAUUCUUUUGGAGAAAAAGUAUGCUUUACCUUACCAAACCGUGGAUGAUUGCGUUUAUUACUUCAUGAGAUUUAGAAUUUUGAGCGAUAGAAGUAAUGGCGAGGAUAGUGAACGAGCGCUUCCUGUUGUGUGGCACAAGGCAUUUCUCUCGUUUGCUGAGCGUUACAAGAAUGAUAUUACUCAAGACCAAAGAGACUUUUUACUGGAAACUGUCCGUCAAAGGGGUCAUAGAGAUAUCGGCCCUGAGAUUAGGCGUGAACUGCUGGCUGGACAGAGUAGAGAAUUCGAGAAUAAUUUGGAGAAUAAAGAUGACUUGAUGCUGGAUGUACAGUAG